AUGUCUGCCCCCAUCAGAGUCAUGCUACGCCGUUGCCUCACAGAGUCGAAGAAAUCUAUCGGUAAAACGUAUUUUAGAGUGAAACAAAAUAAUGAUGUACAUUCAGAUAUACUUAAUGGAUACUUCUGCAAGAGAAAGUUUUAUGGAAUUACUGUUUUUAAACCAAACCAUUUGGUAGCCUCGCCUGUCUUACAAAGAGGUCAUAUUAGUGACAAGCCUACUUUCACUUUGUCGGAAAUCACAUGUAUUGUGAACAGAUCGUUAUCCACGCUGACUGGGAGAAAUUGUUGGAAAUGUGGCAGAACACAAAAUGGUAGAUCUGAAUUAUUUAUUUGUGAAUGUGGUAUUGUCCAGGAAGUGUCUGAUUUAACCUAUUUCCAAGUUUUAGAUAUUGAGGAGACAUUUGAUGUUGACUUGAAAGCAUUAGCGUUCACUUACAAGGAGCUACAGAAGAUUCUGCAUCCAGAUAAGUACAGCCAGAAGACUGAGAAAGAGAGAGACCUAGCCGAGACACAAUCUUCUUUAGUCAACAAGGCAUAUAUGACUCUAACAAAACCACUUUCUAGAGCCUUGUAUCUACUAGAGCUGAACAAUCAACCUAUAGAAGAAAGUAAUAGUGAUGUGGACCCAGACUUUCUAAUGGAGAUCAUGGAAAUAAAUGAAGAACUGGCAGAUGUGGAUUGUCCAGAGGCCUUGCUGAGAAUACAGACAGAAAACAACCAACGUUUGGAAGGUUGCUUGGUUGAAAUAUCAAAGGCCUUCAAAGAAAAAAAUAUUGCUUUAGCGAAAGAACAUGUGAUUAAAAUGACAUAUUUUGUUAAUGUUGAUGACAAAAUCAAAGAAAUUUAUCGUAAAAGUUUUUAGUGAUUACGACAUUCAUGAUUUUAACAAAUAACUCAGUAUUUUCAGCAUUGAAAAAGUAUUUGGUCAUCAGAAAUGUGAAAUAUUACUGGUAGUUUCAGGGUAUAAUUUUUAAGAAUAAUGUCGUUAAGUACAUAUCACUUGAUGUACAUGGGAGAGCAAUGUAUUUAUUUCAAGUGUUUUAACAUGUGUGAUAAUGACUUUUAGUGAUGUUAUAUAUAUAAAUUUUGAUUCACUUAAAGCAGUACUUUAUAAAAAGGGGAAUCCAAGGAGAUUUUAAUUUGCUAAAUGUGCAAUAAAGUCAAUGGCUUUGGUGGUAAGUUGAUAUAAAGGAUAAUUGACCUGCAGCAUUUCUAGUCUCUGUGGACAUGCAGGUCAAAAUAUGUUGUUGCACAUAUACUGGUUUGAUUUCUAUAUCUUGUUUGGUUGAUCCUAACAUGCUACUGUAAUAUGAAGUACAAUUUUUAUUUCCAUUCAAUCAAAAUUCCAUCAGUACACUUAUAUGAUAAUAUUUUUAAUCAUUUUCCCAAACUAUUUACAAUAUAUCAGGAUAUUGCUACUACAUGCUUUCUAUAAUGUCACAAUGAAAGCAAGUUAUAUUAUUUUAACUCAUCUGCUGGAGAAUCCUCAAUACUCCAGGGAUCACUUUUACUAUCUGCACCCCGGGAACAUGUCAUGGCAAAAUUGAAUACACAAGCGAAGUAAUUUGAUUGCUUCCAGGAGAAAAAACUUUUUACCAUUACAUGUUCCAAGGGUACAGUGAUCAAAUGUGAUUGUAACCCCUGGAGUAUUUAGGAUGCUGUUAGAGGGGCAAACAAGCUUAUGGUGUGUCACAACAUCUCUCUGUUCAUUGUCAAAUUCCCUUUAAAGGUAUUCUUCUCAAUAACCAAUAGGCCCAGCCUCAUAAUAUUUGGUUAGUUCCAUGAAAGACGAAGUUUUUAUGAUGGAUCUUUACAUGAUCACAGGGGUCAGAUAUAUGAAAAUCUAAUGUAACAAGAAGCCCUGGGUCAUGACAUUGGGACAGUAUGGUAUGCUGAGAUGAAAGGUUACCAAGUUUGUUGUUGAAAUAUCUCACAACUUCUUCUCAAUAGGUCUCAAGUCAUGGUACUUGUAUUAAAGAAUAUGCUUGGAGAAAAACUUGCCGAAAUGGACUUGACUGAAAAAUCUUCUUUAUAAAAUGCAUACCAGGUUAGCAAUACAGGCCCAUUUGGUCCAAAUGUGCUUACAUCAUAGUGUGGCAGCCAUGGCAGAGGAGUGUCCUAUGAUUCCUCAGAACCUAUUAGUCUGUGUCAUAUUGAGCAAUCUGCAGAGUUGGCCUUUGUUACACUCACCGAAAAAUUCUUUGGCUCUAGAAUUAGACUUUCAAAUGAUAAAAAUCAUUAAAAUGUGAAAUUCAAUGAGGUCAAAGGUGUUGAAAUCUGAAAGGUUCAUUUAAAUGACUUGGCAGCCAGGAGUUUACAUGCUUUUUCUGUAGAUUUCUAGUACCAGAACUAUCUGGGAAAUGUUUUGGUGACUAGGUUUUAGGUCUUAUUUACUUAGCAAUAGCUAGUGAAUAAUAAAAGAAUGAUACAGGGGUUGAAUUAAAAUCAACAUGAAGCACAAAGCAUCAUUUAAACCAAAUGUUCCUUUUUAAGAAUAGAAGCAAAAAGUUCUUUAGAUGUAAAACACGCUACAGGUCACUAAAUGGAAAUCUGACUUUUGGAAUGGUAUAGAUUUUUGCUGUGAUCCAAGUGGCUACAGUUUACUCUGUUCUCUACUUAUAUGUUUGAGGUUCUAUAAUCAGAUACAUGUAAACAGUGAUGCAGGUUGAUUUUUUAACAAUUAUAAAGUACACUGUAUAUGUAAUUCCCAAUAAGAAACUUUUUAUAUACAAGUAUUAGUAUUUUAUUAAA